UGCAGCCAUUUUUUAAAACCACAAUGAAACUAAUUCAUUAAUAUGAAUCUUGUAGACAGAGGAUCCCAAGAAGAGCACUCUGGAUUCAAGAGGGGCUUGAAUCAAAGCCCCACCAGUUAGAGAUUUUUGACCUCCUGAAGAGUCCAAGUUCAUAAGUGUUGAAAAACCCCCACAGUCUGUCUAUUGUGGGGGGAAAACACAGAUUGCCAAUCACACCUGAUUAUGCAUGAGGGAAUCUACACCACAAAAAAUACUCAAAAUGCUUGGAAUGUGGCCAACACUUUACUCAGAACAACUUCCUCAUGGCAGCACCCACACUGGAGAGACAUUCUACCAGUGCUCCCAAUGUGGCAAAAAGUUUAGCACACGCACCAAUCUGGUCAGACAUAAGAAGACACACACUAGGGAAAAACCCUUUGAUUGUCCUGAUUGUGGGAAAAGUUUCACUCAGAAUUCUGACCUAGUGAUACACCAGAGGACACACACAGGAGAGAAACCAUAUGUGUGUCUAGAGUGUGGGAAAAGUUUCAAUAAUAAUUCUAACCUUGCGAAACACCAGAGGACUCACACAGGAGAGAAACCAUAUGAGUGUCUAUACUGUGGAAAAAGUUUCAGUCGGAAUUCUUACCUGGUGAUACACCAGAGGACUCACACUGGUGAGAAACCGUAUGACUGUUCGGAUUGUGAGAAAAGUUUCAAUAAUAAUUCUAACCUUGUGAAACACCAGAGGAGUCACACACGAGAGAAACCAUAUGAGUGUCCAGAUUGUGGGAAAAGUUUUAUUAAUAAUUCCAGCCUUGUGCAACACCAGAGGACUCACACAGGAGAGAAACCAUAUGAGUGUCCGGAUUGUGGGAAAUGUUUCAGUAAGAAUUCCAAUCUAGUCAUACACCAGAGGACUCACACGGGUGAAAAACCAUAUGAGUGCCUGGAUUGUGGGAAAAGUUUCAGUCAGAACUCUUACCUCGUGAUACACCAGAGGACUCACACAGGAGAGAAACCAUAUGAAUGUCCAGAGUGUGGGAAAGCUUUUAGUUGGAAUUCUGACUUGGUGAGACACCAGAGGACUCACACAGGAGAGAAACCCUAUGAGUGUCCGGUUUGUGGGAAAAGUUUCAGUUGGAAUUUUGACCUGGUGAGACAUCAGAGAAUUCACACAGGAGAAAAACCAUAUGAAUGUCCAGUUUGUGGGAAAAGUUUCAAUCAUAAUUGUAACCUUGUGCAACACCAAAGUACCCACACAGGAGAGAAACCAUAUGGGUGUUCAGAUUGUGGGAAAGCUUUCAGUUGGAAUUCUGACCUGGUGAAACACCAGAGGACUCACACAGGAGAGAAACCAUAUGUGUGCCCAGAUUGUGGGAAAAGCUUUAGUCAUAAUUCCUACUUGGUUAUACACCAGAGAACUCACACUGGGGAGAAACCGUAUGAGUGUCCAGAUUGUGGGAAAAGUUUCAGUAAUAAUUCUAACCUUAUCAAACACCAGAGGACUCACACAGGAGAGAAACCAUAUGAGUGUCUAUACUGUGGGAAAAGUUUCAGUCAGAACUCUUGCCUGGUGAUACACCAGAGGACUCACACGGGUGAGAAGCCAUAUGAGUGUCCGGAUUGUGGGAAACAUUUCCAGCAGAAUUCCAAUCUGGUUAUACACCAGAGAAUUCACACAGGACAGAAACCGUAUGAGUGUCCAGACUGUGGGAAAAGUUUUUGUCGAAACUCCAACCUGGUGAUACACCAGAGGACUCACACAGGAGAGAAACCAUAUGAAUGUCCAGAUUGUUGGAAAAGUUUCAGUCGUAAUUCUGCCCUAGUGACGCACAUGAAGACUCACAGGAGACAAAACCUAUGAGUGCCCAAUUGUGGGAAAGCUUUCAGUUGGAAUUCCCAUCUGGUGGAAUCAUAGAGAACUGACAUAGAAGAGGAGCCCUUUGAAUGUCCCAAUUAUUAGCUUUCACAAGUACUGUAGGUCUAAUCUAAUAAUUCAAGUCAGUUUACACACAGAUCAGAAGCCAUUCAGAUGCCCAAACUGGUCAGUGUUUCAGUCACAACUCUUUACUAUUGUUAAAGACAAGAGGACUCGUACAGGAGAAAAGCCAUCAGCUUUCUGAUUGUAAGGAAAGCUUGAUGGGGUCAAAGAAAAUUUCAAUAAUUCACAGGGAUAUACAUUGCUUGUUUUCAGCUUGCUGGAUUAAUUUCUGCCAAAAGACCAAAAGAAAUGCUCAGACAUGAUUUGCUUGCAAAAAUCAAUAAAUCAGUAAAUGAGAAUUAGGAUUUCAACAAGAGUUUUCUGAAGGCAUAGUAAGAAACUAUAUGUGUUAUAAUAAUAUUCCUAAGGCAUCAAAACCAUUCUUAUUAUAUCCAAUUUGAUAUAUUACAAAAAAUAGGAGUCCAGGGGGGCAGUGGCUAGAAUGUAGUAUUGCAAAGGCAGUAACCAUUCCAAUAUACUGGUAGUCCUUCACUUACAACCAUUCACACGGGGGAGAAACUAUUCAAAUGCCCAGAUUGUGGACAGUGUUUCAUACAACAUUCCUCCUUUAUCACACAUAAGAAAUUCCAUGAGAAAAAAUUUGAUGUAUGCAGAGGAUUCUUGAAUUUUAUUUCUCGUUUCUGAUUGCAAGCUCAGCUGACAAAUUAACAACUUUAAUGUCUUGCCUCAUUCUUUUUAAUCAAACAUGUCUUACUUAAUAUUGAACAUGAGGAAGGGGAUCUGAGUUGGCAAGUCCAAGCUCUUUCUGAGAUUCCUUGCUUCUCGUGCAAGUGGAUAUGUACGCAUAUGUGCAUGCUUGCCUGCCACUUGUGGAGCUUGGUGAUUACCUGUAUUAUGUACACCAAAGAUUCAACUUUAAACACAAUAGAGGAAUGGUUGGUGAUGGUGAUGGAAUUUUCAGAGACAACUAUAUUGAUUUCCUCAGUUGGAGAGAAGACAUUCUCUACAUUAAUUACUGAUUGGAAGUUUGUUAGAGAUGUGCGUGAAACAGAACAAAAAAAUGAAGUUAUCAUUUAUAGUUGUGAUUAUAAAAAACAAACCAGUUAAU